UUUGUUUGCAUUAAACCUGUUUCUUUUUCUUACGCUAGGGAGGUCCAUGUCCUUUGGAGUUCGAAGUUAAAUGCAUCUACUGGAAACUUUACAGAUGAGCAGUUUCCUUGCUCUAAAUUUAUAAUGGCUAUAGGACAUAAUGCUGUAGCUUUCUUGUCCUCUUUUGUUCUGAAUUCUGGAUGCUGGGAAGCCGUUGGAUCUGUCAGAUUGUGGAAUGAGUGGUGCAGAACAUCAAAUACAACAAGUGUUCUUCCAACAGAUACUUUCUGUUUGUUCUACAAAUUAAUAUCUGAUCCCACAGUAUUGUUGUGUCAGUGCAAUUGCUAUGUGGCUGAGGACCAGCAAUUUCAGUGGCUUGAAAAGGUUUUUGGCUGUAUGCGGGAAAAGGACCUGCAAGUAACCAUUCUUUCAACAUGUCCUGUAACUGAUUAUAAAACUCCUGAAUCCACUUUAACGCUCCCUUCUCCUUUUCUGAAAGCUUUAAAGACAAAAGAAUACAAAGAGACAGUCUGUUGUCCACUGCUGGAACAGCCAAAUAUUAUAAAGGAUCUACCUGCUGCUGUUUUGAGUUAUUGUCAAGUAUGGCAGAUUCCUGCAGUGUUGUAUCAGUGUUACACGGAUGUCAUCAAACUGGACGCUGUUACAAUUGAAGCAUUCAAGCCUGUGCUUUCCUCUAAGAACCUGAGAAAUUUAGUCAAGGAUGUCUCCAAAAGCGCAGAGAUUCUGAAGAAAUUAGUGGCAACCAAUGAAAUUUGUAACAACAUCUAUACAUAAAAUGGACAUUAUCACCAGUACAUUCGAGUCUGUGAAUUUUUGUCAAUUCCAGUUGCAUAUUUGAAGAUAGCUGCUUCCUUAAAAGUGGAAUAAAUCCCAAUAGAUUUCUUGUAUUUUGAGGGUUUUUUUUACUUGGACAUAGUUCAGUGCUGGAAUGGCUUUAUACAUGUCAGAUUUUCUUGCUUCAAGAUGGGAGAAUGUACUCUUUAAAGUUUAUUAAUCCAAAGAAGACAACUUAAGAGAAAAAUUGCAUUCAGCCUCAAGUUGAUCAAACAACUUUGUUUUCAAAUACACAGUUCAUAUUCAAAGGAGAAAAGUGUGUUUGAUAUCUAAUGAUGUCAUACUCUUUUGAGUUACAAAAGUUGAGUUGUCUUAAAAAUCUGUCCUUUGAAAGUUUUCUGUGGGGUCUUUGAAUAAAAAUAAAUAGAAGUUCUCAAUUAUUAUAUACCAAAUAUUUAUGUUAAAAUAUCACGACAAAGACAUAUUGGAAACUGUGGUGGAAUUAGGGAUGUUAAACACUUGGUAUGCUUACCAGCUAACCAGCCUGUACCUGGAGCAGCCCUGGCUACAGAGGGGGUGGCAGGCUAGGCAGCAGGACCCCACAACCCCAGCAGAUUGGGUGGCAGGCUCUGAGUUUAGUGUUUAACUGGAUAAAUGCUAGUAUUUAACUGGUUAACUGUUUUAACAUCCCUAAGUGGAAUCCUGAAUUUUAUGUGUACACAUAAGUGAAAGUGGUGGGAACAGCUCUCUGGAAGCAGGUGAAAUACGUGAUUCCAUUUUUUUCACUUUGGAACUUACCUCAGUAUUUUAGCUCCUUCUCUUACAUAAAGAGAAAUUUAUACUUUGACAUACACAUUUUGCAGGCAAAAACUGCACCACUGUGCUUUAUGUCUGAACAGCACUAGCACAAUGGGGUCAAUUAUUGCAGUAAUACAAAUAAGAAGUAAUCAUCAAAACUGACUUUAAUAUCAAAAGUCUGGCUAUGUCCAAACAAUAAAAAUGUUCUUCAUCCUUUCUGAGUUGAUAAAGAAGUCGUAAGAGCAGUCACUUCUAUACUAAAUAUGGGAAUAGAAAAUACUGUUUUUAAAAGCAAAUAGUUGAAAUGGCCAGUAUUUAAAUUUAAAAUGGCGGUAGAGGGUAAUAUUUUAAGAGCCUGUACAGGUUGUACCUCCCUUGUAUGGCACCCUGGGGACCAAAAUGGUCCUGAACAAGGAGAUUUGCCAAAUGAGGGGUAGUCCCUCCCAGCAUGGUUCAUGCUGCCCCGGACUAGGACUCCAACCCAACUGCUACCUAUCUGGCCAUGGCUUUCCAGGCUGGAGCUCCGUGGCUGCCAGGGCCAGACCUCCUGGCUGCACUGCCUACCUCUCCCUCAGCUCCUGGUUUAGUUGCCGCCCCUCCCCCCGCUUCUGCCCUGCAGCUUGACCUCCUUAUACUUGGGCUCUGUGGUCCAAGAAUAUUCACUGGACCAGAGAUUCCCAGUUAGGGGAGGAACAACCUGUAGUUUCAAUGUUGUUUUGACAGUGUAUUUUUAAAAUUAAAUAUUGGGAUUGGUAUAAAGUUACAGUACUUUAACUGUAUAUUGUCUUUGACUUUAUUCAAGAUCAUAAUUGCAAAUGUGGCAUGAAGAGUUAAUUUUUGUUGUAAACAAUCAGAGUGCUGUUACUCCAGUGAGAAUUUUAAAAUGUGUUUUGAUCAUUUUACAGGAAAGAGAGAUUACUUUGAAUCUAUUGUGGCCUAGAUUAUUUUUAGCAUAGUGUGAUUUUUGUUUUAUACUGAGAGUACACUGGAAUAUUCGUAACAGUAUAAUUUUGCUUUGCCUGCUUCUGAAAUUUCUAAAUCUGUAUUACAUUACAAUCUCAACUAUCCCUGCUAUAUUUGGCCUUGCAGUGUUGUAACUGAUGCAGGUGAGACCAAGUCUUCAGCAGAUUGGAUUAGUGUAAAGCCUCGAGUGCUUUCAUUUAAAUUACUAUUAGUAUAUUCAGAGUUUAGAGCCCAGAAAAACAAAUGGCCAUUAUAUAGGUGGUAUAUUUUUAAAUAUACUAGCAAGGAGACCUUUUUUUACUUUUAACCAGAAUUUUACUUGGUGUGAAGAAAACUUGUUUCUACAGUUGCUUUGUAGUCAUGACCUGAGAUGAAAAUAUUUUUGCAAUGAGAGGAUUGUUCACUGGUUACUCCAAUUGCUUAUUUGUGCAUUUCAGAUAUGAAUAUUUGUAAAUUGAAGAUUAGAGGAAAACCUUGAAUAAAUAACAGUGCUUGUAUAGCA